CAGCUUGAUUUCAUCCGGUGAACACCGUAUUAAAAGUUGAGCUCCGAUACUUGACCACUCGCGGACGAUACCAACAGUCAGUGAGAACAGAAACUUUUCAUCAAUUUAACGGAAUCUUACGAAAAGACUCCAAUAGUCAAUCACGAAAGUUACUUAUAAUCAAAUUUUUGGUGUUGUUAAGUGUUUAAGUGACAUAAAUGAACUCGUUACUACAGUACAGUAAUCUUUCCGAGCGUCUUAGCUCGCAACUACCUGAAAUAAAUUUUUCGGACGACAACAACAAUAAUCAUGAUUUCGAGAAUACUGCUCCUACAAAAGAGGAUAAAUAUUCUCUUAGGCCGAGAUCUUUGAGAAGGGUGACAGAAAACGCUAAAGAGUCCUUAGGAGAAACUACUCACCGACAAAGUAAGACGCAUAAACCUAAACAAAAAGCGGCACCUUUAAGUAAAUAUAGGCGAAAAACCGCUAACGCCAGAGAACGUAAUAGAAUGAGGGAAAUUAAUCAAGCUUUUGAAACAUUGAGGAGGAUAAUACCUCACAUGCAGGCGACACACAUACCUGGUGCUAACGAGAAGUUGACAAAAAUAACUACACUGAGAUUAGCUAUGAAAUAUAUUUCGACCUUAAGCGCAGCUUUGAAUGGCUCUACCGAAAUUGAAUCUUUAUCUGAUUAUAGUGACUUUGAUUGUCUGUUUCUUGAAUCGGACGGAGAAUCGAUUUCAGAUCACUCGGGAUCGUUGCUCACAUCCCCUGAUUUUCCGGAACCAUCAUUAUCACCUGUGGAUUUCGGUGAUCCUUCUUUACCUGCACUACUACAUACCGACUUUACUGAGCAUUCUUUAGAACCUGCUGAUUUUAGUGAUUUUCUAUUAACGUAACAACUAGUGAGUCCUUAUAAUUUUAGUGUUUAAUUAAAUCAAUCAAUUUGAUCACUUUCUUAGGAAAAAAUCACAGGUAAAUUACAAGAAAAUCGAUAAUGCUCUAAUUAACGUAUUAUUUCAUAUAAUCACUAUAAUUACUAUGAAAACGUUAGAUUUGAGACAAUAGUUUCUCAAUUCCUUAUUUAUUCACAAGUAAUUUUUUAGUUUAAACCUUAAAGAAUGUGUUGAAAUUGAAUAGUUUCUUCUAAGAAAUCGAUGUACAUAUGAUGUAAGUAAAUCUUCAAGAACACAGUAUUUUUUAGUAGAAAACAAAAAAAUUGAAAAUUAUAUAGUUGGGUUUUCGGAUAGAGAACCUAUCAUCUUCGAAAUUUUCGGUAUUUAAAUAGUUUGAGAAGAAUAUUCGAAUAGAUAAAAACUAGGCGCACACUUUGGUCAUUCGGAUAAAACUGAUAAUUACCCAAUGUAUACAUUGAAUAGAUAAAGAAAAUAUUUAUAUCCAAUUUAUAUUUAUAAUUAUUUUAAGUCAUGUAGUUUGUGAAUCAGAUUUUCAUUUAAUUCAAUUAGAAUAUUUUUAAUUCUACGUUACUAUCUGAUAUUGAUUUACAUACAAUGUCUACACAGUGUAUGACAAUUUUUAUGAUCAUUACGAAAAAAUGUUCUCCAUAAAGUGAUUUGCAUGGUACUGUACAUGAUAUUUUUCAAUAGUAUACGAUAUAAAUUCACCUUUUAAAUUGUUAGAAAAAUUAUUGAUGAUUAUGUAUUAAUGAAAAAAAUAACUCUGUACAUAGUACAAGCAAAAUUACUGUUAAUAAAAAUGCUAUCCUGUCAAAUAACAACUUCGUUUCGAAAUUAUAGCACCUAUUCAAAUAAUUAUUGUAUUAAUGCACUAAAUGGUCUUGAUUUUAAGUCUCUUCUGUUUUAAAAUUGAUCUUUUUUUAAUAAUUUCAGGAAGAAAGACAAAAUUUGACGUUUUAACUUUUCUUUUAGUCUUAAAGAGAAGUCGAAACAUUUAAUCUUCCCUCUAAAAAUUAUUGAAAAAAAUUUAAUUUUAAAACAGAAGAGAUCUAAAAUCAAGAACAUUUAGAUGCAUUAUUUAUUAAAAGGUGUAGGAAAUGACAAAUUGAGGAAAUAAUUAUUGUAUAUACAUAUAAAUAAAUAUCAGGAAUAAAAGACAGUGUGUGUAUUUCAAGUUUGAGAAGAAUUUGAGGUGCUUUAAUACCUUUAAAUUCAAAUAAAACUAGUGUAACAAGAUAGCGGGAAGAAUGUGAUAAAAUUUUGAAUUAUGCCUAAUAGUAGACACCAAACUUUGAACAUCAACUAUUAUUCGUUUUUUAUUGGGAUAAGAGAACAAAAAUCUAAUUUCUUAUUGUAAUUUCUAAAUUUCAUUGUAUAAAUAGGCCUUAAUUUAUAUGGGUGGAACUUUGAAACUCUUCCGCCUAUAAAAUGAAGUUACAUCUUAACUUCAGUGCUUCACUUUUGAUCGGGUUCAUCUUCAAUUUAUCUUUCUAACUUAAAUUCGUUAAUAAUUCUUAUUGUAUUGUAUAUUUUCGACAUUACUGGUACAUGAGUGGAAAAAAUUCUUGCCAGAGGGCUGUAAAUAGCUUGUUUUAGUUAAAACUUUUGUGGACACGUUGUACAAUUCAAAAAUUAGAAUUUGCAAACAAUAUUGGGUGGACGGUGAAUUCAUCAGAAUCAAAAGAAAUUUUUGCUUUCUAUCCUUUUAUAUGUCGCUCACUAAUCCUUACAUUUCUUUCUUCCUUCAAUAGAUCUUUAGAUAUUUUCUAUUACUUUUCAUUAGGUACUCAUGUUUUAUAUCUUCCUGUUGGUUUAAUUCACUUCGUAUCAUUCACUUUCUUAUUCUAUAUCAUUUUCAUUGUUUCAUACCUCCUACAAUUCCCAAAAUCUUGAUUAUGAACAGAACGUUCUUAGUGAACUGUUCACUGUUACGCAUGACGUGCGUUUCGAUAAGUAAGUUAUAGUCUUCAGUGACUAACUGCAAAUCAAACAAUGUUGUUCAAUGUAUGAUGUUAUUUUAAUGAAAUUGUUGAUAAUAGUAUCACCAACGGUUCUAGCUAUUUCAACGGUUCAUUCAUUUCUUAAUAAGGUGAAACGAGAUUCAAAACUUUCAAUAUUUGGUGAGAGAAACAAUAUAAUCGGAUCUACGGAUUAUAGAAUGUUUGAUGCUUAUUGAUUAUUAUAAAAUAGAUUAAAAUUAAUUAACAUAAAUCAUGAGAAUUUUUUAAACAAAGCUAGUAUAUCCAGGCAACUCAACCAAAAUCUUGUGAAUUAUAUUUCUGUAGCUCACGUUCGAGAAAGGCACAUGAGAUUAUGAGAGUUUUUUGAUAAAUGUACGUGAUUUUUCUCAAUAAUACAUCAAGUUAGUCUCCAUUACAAAUAGAGAGGUUCAAUUCAUUGGUAAGAUCUCAAAAUCACAUUUUGGAGCUUACUACUUAUCAAUAAUAAUAAAUUCUUGAAAUCUGUACAUAAUACCAAAAUGAGAAUGCUUAUAUUUUGAUAUGAACCUUUGUUACGUUAUAAGGAGUCCUUUAAGAGGUAUGUACACAUUUAUCGUAGGUGACAGUUUCUAAAUUAUUGUAUAUGAAACAGAAAAAUUUCAUUUUAACUUAUAGAACUUUGUAACAUAAAGCGAUAACUCUAUAUACAUAACGGAAACUAGAGCUUUUCAAAAUUAAUUCCUUUUUUAUAUGGAGCACACUGUUUUUUAUGGAGCAUGUAGGCUCUUCGAAUGUGUAUUUUCAAUGUCUGUUAAGCAUUUACUACACUCCAAGUACAUAACAAAGUUAUUCCAUCAAGUUUAUUUGUGAAAUAAUAUGUGUAAAUAAAAUUUAAUAUAAUGUCAAUCGCUUACCGUUUGCAUAUUUAAUUUUUUCAGAUUCGCUUCAUCAGAUUUUUUCGAUAAAUGAAAAAUAUUUAACAUAAUUAGAUUAUAUGUUAAAAAAUGGUGGAGAUGAUUUGAGUAUCGGUUGAAUGUAACAAAUGCUAUUUGUUUGCGUCUUAAGUUUAUCAUCAACGAUUUUUAGACCACAAGACACUCAAAAAAUAAGCAUUUGCGGAAGUAGAGAAACUAACAUCUAAUUAAAAAAAUUGUUAUGAGAAUAGUCGUGAUCGAGGAAAAUAAAAUGAAAAAACUGCUAACUAAUGCAGGUGAUCUAUCUACAAAUCUCAACUUUGGUUCCAAUAUAGCAAGACAUUAGUCGUGACAGAUUGAAAGAAUCCGUAAAAAGCUCAUUUAUAGAAUGUGAAUUUCAUGAAGAAAGAUAAAGCAAAUUUCCAUAAAAAUAAAUGUAAAUAUUUGCUUCAUUAUCAAACGCUUCAUAAUACAAAUGUCUCCACCGUAAUUAUUAGUGGAGGUGACGUGUAUUGUUAGAUAACCAUGUGAGAGGAUACCUCUUUGAUAUAAGACUAGCUAGUGUGGUUUAUUCAAAUAUUUUCAUAACAUAAUUUACAAUAUUCAUUCCAAAUACUUCUUAAUUUUAUGAGGAAACCUUCGAAAUGCAAGCUAGAGCUACGGCGAUUUCAAGGUACAUAAAUAAAAAGGCCAAUGACUCACUAAUAGAAUGUAAUAGAUUAAUAUCAAGCAGGUUUAACAAUAGAUAUCACAAAAUACCUACUAAGUAUCAAAUUAUACAAUAAAAAAAUGAAAGUUAUUACAAUAAGGUUCAGAGUGUUAAUUAACCUACGAUUUCCAUAUAAACAUGUCCAUAUAUCUUAAAGUAUUCUGCAUAAUGAAUUGAAACCUCAAAAGGGUUCUCAUUCAAAAAACCAUUUGUAGCACUCUAUAGUUAAGAAUCAAUCUAUGAAUGGUGAAUGAGAAAAUGAAUACAAAGUGUUUUAACAAUCUAGUGAAUGUCGAACAACUAAUUUCAUCAAAUUUCAACUUCCAAUAGAAAUACUUUUUCAUUGUCAUCAGUUGUAGAAAACUCAUUGUCGGCAUAUUUUCAUAGAGUACAAAAAUGUUGGAUCAUUAACCCUGACGAUAAGUUUCACCCUGGCAUCUAGACACUACUGUAAACAUUAUGAACUGAAUCGGAUUUUUUAAAGUCCAUUUUUUUCCAUUUUUAGAUUUUGCUGAUUUUGUAGUCUAAAGACCAGAAUACAUCGACUUUUGUUAAAAGAGCGAUUUUAUCAUGAAUGGAAAUACGUCAAAUUAGCAUUUAAAUUUUUUGGUUUACUUUGAAAGGGCGCAAGUCUAGAAAAGUUUUUUUAAAGGCGUAAGCCAUUUCCUCUAAGGAUUUUGUUGUUUGAUUUCUGCACUCAUUACAAGGUUAAGAAAAGCUUCUAUCUAUCACCUGAGCUAAAUCUUAAAACGAUGUGAAAGCUUGAUGUGAAGUCAUACUUUAAAUAAUGUAGCUAAACCAGCGGCAGUUGCAGAGGUUAUGCUACAUAAAUCAAGAAGUAAAAAAUUUCACUCAGCACGAACAAUCACAAGAAGGAAAACAUAAAGAACAUAUUUUGUCGUUAUCAUUUGAUUAUAUGAACUGUAUCUAUUCCUAAGACUCCCGUUCAGGUAGUCUGUCAAUUGCUUUGAGAUACAUAAUCUUAAGAGUAUCAACAGAACAUUACUCUUGUACCAAGAGGGUGUAGCAUGAAAAAGCUCUAAUGAGGUUUGCUCUUUUCUUAAUGAAUACCAAAAAUCAGUACCAAGCCCAUACACUGAGCUUCGUCUGUUCAGUGGUAACUGUUCAGGCCAAACAAAAACUAAGCGAUGUCAAGGUUUUGCUUAUACCUGACAGAUUCAGGUCAUUUCUAGAGGGUCACUCAGUAUUUCCAUGUUCGCGGCCAUAGUUUUCUUCCGUGUAGCAGAGAUAUCUAAGACUUUAAAGAAACAUAACCCCAUUUUUGAUAAUAUAACUCGCAUAAUUUUGCAAAACUCAUCACGAUUUAAUAAGUUUUCUGUUCUAGGGGUUACAUCAUCUGACAUAGUUUCAGAUUUCAAAAAAUUACAAAAUAAGUCUUAUACUAAAUCAUGUAUAUCACAAGACAGGAAAGGAAAAAACAGAGAUAAGAAGGAUACAAUGUACUUUCAAAUCAGUACUCUCGGAUGUUCGUUUAUGAAUCUAUGUUAAAAGGAUGUGUUAAAGCCUACCCUACAAUAAAUGGUAUUAUUCAUCACAACUUUUUACUGGCUAACACGCAGAUACUCUCUCCCCACUUUCGGUUAAGGCUUACCAAGGUCGAGUGCCAAUAAAAAUUGAAAAGAUAGAAGAUAUUAAAAAACUGAAAGCCCACUUCUCAGACGCGCUUCGGGGAUUUUUCGAAGAAAUUUGUGAUCAUUGCAACUUGAUUUUUUA